CUUACCUGUGCUUUACCAGAUUUCUCAGCACUUGAUUUCUAGGUCUGAAUAUGUUAACUGAUUCCAUCUGACAACAGUUGUGUUUAAGUGUAAUACAGAAGUUCCAUCUGUGAUAGCCCAUGCACACAUGCAAUUUACAAUAUAUUGAAUGAUCAAUCAUGCAUAUGUGAGCCAGCCUGUCGUCGUAAUCAUGGCAAGAAAAUAGGCCUUCCUGUCUAGAACAUACAUGCAGAAGUUCACUCUUUUAUUCCAUUAUAGUUGUUAGUUAGUCUAGGGGUCGGCAACCCGCGGCCCCCGGCGUGGCUGCCCCUUCCUGGGGCCUCGCGCGCUCCCGUUGGCUCGUGAGGCUUUGGCUCUCCGCUGUUUUGAUCAGGUUUCCCUACUCGGCUCCUCCCCUCCCUCCACGGCUUCUCUUAUUAUCUGUGCCGGAAGGUCUGCUAUGCUGAACGUCUGGCGCGCGCUUCACUCGCUGGCUGCGCCUUUCGCGGGGCGGUACCCUCCCACCCCCCUCGCGCCACCGACCGUUAAAGAGACACAUACACCCCGCGUCGCCAUGGCCAACUACAUCCAUGUGCCGCCCGGCUCUCCUGAGGUGCCCAAGCUGGACAUCGUGGUCAGCGAGAGGGACCCUUCGGGCGGCGGCGGAGGGGCGGGGGCCCGACGGGGGGCCUUGGAGCUGCUCAGCCGGCUGAGGCCUGAGUGGAAGCCUGAUUACAUCACACUGAAGAAAUGUAAGAAAAGAAAAAUAUCUGAAGAAAAUAGAACAUUUAAUGAUGCCUGGAGAGAUUCAUUUGCAUUUACCUCUGAUGAGAGUGGCCUACCAGUAUGCCUAAUUUGUGGAGAGAGACUGGCUAACAAUAAAAGGUCAAAUGUCGCAAGACAUUUCCAAUGUAAACACACAGCCUUUGCUGGAAAAUAUCCGGAGGGAGAAGAGAGAAAAAAAGCUGUUUCGGAACUGAUGCAGAAGGCUGAUCUGAGGAUGAAGUCUGCAAAUUCAACUACGUAUGCAAGUUUUGUGGCCACUCAGGAGAUAGUCAGGCAUGGGAAGCCGUUCACAGAUGGAGAAUUUAUGAAAGAGUCAUUCAUUAAGAUAUCAGAACACCUAUUCGCGGACUUUAAAAACAAGAGAGAAAUUGUGCAGAAAAUCAGAGAGAUGCCUCUCUCUAUGAAGACUGUAAAAGAAAGAACCAUAAAAAUGGCAGAAAAUAUCACAAAACAUCAAAUUAAAGACAUCAAUUCAGCUGCAGCAUACUCAAUCGCCUGUGAUGAGUCCAAAGACAAUAGUGACAUUGAACAAAUAGCUUUGUUCUGCCGAUAUGUGAACUCUGCUGGACCACAGGAAGAAAUGGUUGAGCUGAUACCACUAAAAGGCCAGACACAGGGGGAAGACAUCUGUGAGGCUGUGCUUGAUUGUUUAAAAGCCAAAGGAAUAAACACAACCCACCUAGUGUCAGUGGCUACCGAUGGGGCACCGAGUAUGUCUGGAGCGCACAGGGGAUUUGUGGCCUUGCUGCAGAAGUCACUGGAUAGAAAGCUGCUGACGUUUCAUUGCAUCCUGCACCAAGAGGCAUUGUGCUUGCGCAAACUUUUCCCUCCAGAAUGCACAAUAGAGAGGUCAUGA